UACAUGGUCUAUCUACAGUCCAGCCCAGAACCGUGUGUGGGGUCUCUCAUUCACCCUGAGUGGGUAUUGACAGCUGCCCACUGCCCCUUACCUGUUAAAAUACGACUGGGAGUUUAUCGACCCAGCAUCACAAAUAAGAAAGAGCAGAUACGGAAUUACUCACAGAUAAUGCCCCAUCCUGAAUUUGAUGCACAAUCUCUGGAAAAUGACCUGAUGAUGAUAAAACUGUCCAAGCCUGCAGUGCUCGACCUCUAUGUGGGAACCAUUGCCGUAGCCAUGGAACCCAUAGCAUUUAAUGAUUCCUGCUUUAUCCCGACCUGGGCCUGGAAUAAAUAUAAAAACCUCAGUGACCCUGACAUCCUGACAUGGAUAAACCAAUAUUCUCUUCCCCCCCAUGACUGCCAGAAUAUACACCAAGAAAUGCAGGCAGAAAACGUCAUGUGUGUGGGACAACCUCUAAACAUCAUGUCUGAGAAUAAGGAAGUUUCAGCUGCUCCAGCCGUCUGCGGUGGGAGGUUGCAUGGAAUCUUGUCCUGGGCAAAAGGAAGUGUCACCAUGGGAAGUGAAGGAAUUUUCACGCAAGUUCAUCACUAUGCACGAUGGAUCAUGAAAAUUAUUAACACCCACUGA